GUUAGUGAGGUUAUCUACGAUGAAAACAUAUGGGCAUCCAACUUUACUGACAAUUUAAGAAAAUUCGCAAACAACUACCGAAAUAUACCAGAUUCUUUGAGAGUAAAUUCUAAAUGUGACCUGUGGGCUGUAAAAUAUGAAAGAUGUGCACGUUGCAAAUGCAUAGCUCAUUACUGGAUGUGCAUGGGAAGACGGUGUCCAGAAUUGCAUGAUCCUCAAAAUGCUAGGGGAGCUUACCAAGUCACAGAUGAAGACUUAUUAUAUAUCAAAGAUUGCAAUGAAGGAGACAAACUUCAGUUGGAUGAGUGCACUUAUUGCUUCUGUCACGGCUGCACGAAGUGGGCGUGUCUAAGAUAUUGUGAAACCAGGGAACCUGAGUUACCACCUACGAUACCGACUAAACGACCAUCUAUCCCACCAUCUAUCCCACCAUCUAUCCCACCAUCUAUCCCACCAUCUAUCCCACCAUCUAUCCCACCAUCUAUCCCACCACCUAUCCCACCAUCUAUCCCACCAUCUUGUACGCCAUCUACGCCACCAUGUACAGACCCAUCAACUCCACCAUGUACAGAACAAUCUACGCCACCAUGUACAGACCCAUCAACUCCACCAUGUACUCCACCAUGUACAGACCCAUCUACUCCACCAUGUACUCCUCCAUGUACAAAAUCACCUAAGAAACCAUCUACUAAACCAACUACUAAACCAUCUAGGACACCAUGUCAUAUAUGUAAGAACCCAAUGAAGCUACCCCCAGAGUAUGAUGAAAAUGGAAAUCCUGUAUUUUUACCUAUCAAAAAUUCACAACUAUGUAAACAUAAAGACUAUUAUGUAAAAGAUUCAUGUAACGCGUGUUUCUGCGCGCGGAAAUUCUGGCAUUGUACAGAUAAUAUUCAUUGUGUUCCUGACAAGAAUAAGAAGCCUCAAAUUGAAACAGAAUGCCCUUUAGGACAACAAUUUAGAGUGGGUGCAUGUCAUCGGUGUUAUUGCAUGCAUCUUGACGGUUCAUAUACCUGUAAGCGGGAAAUAAACUGUGUUACCGUCACAGACUGUUCAAAAGAUAAAUACUGGUUUCCAAAAGUUUGUCAAGCUGUCAAAACGAAAUCUUGCGAGUUUGCAGACAGAUUAAGACUAGAUGCAUGCAAUUAUUGCGUUUGCAAUUCUGGCAAAGUAUAUACAUGUACGCAAAUCGAAUGCUCCAGUGCCAAAAUUACAGGACGAUCUGGCAGAUGUGUCGAAGGACACAAAUAUUACUUGGCUGAUGGUUGUAACUUCUGCAUAUGUCAAGGCGGCCAGGAGUUCUGCACGUCAAGACCUUGCCUGCCCAAUGCUGAUGCACAACUCCAAGGAGGGUCAACUUCACGUGCUGUAGCGAGUCGGCAACUCGAGACUUGCAUUGAUUAUGAGGAACUCCCUUCCGGCGGUGCUUGCAACACUUGCAUAUGUCUGCACGGCCGAAAGAUCUGCACUAUGACACAUUGCACUGACAGUACUGCAGACUGGACAACCCGACUUGCUGCUGCUCACAACCGUAAUGCCGCAUGUCUCAAAGGUACCUUCAUCCACAACCCGAACCAGCCCUGCAGCAUAUGUCUUUGUGGCGGCAACGAUCCAGGGUCCCACAAUAUGUGCUUCACAGAUGCCGAGUGUGUCAAACAAGUCAUCAGCCCCUUGAUCGGCUAAACUGUGGUUUCUUUGUGAAUAUCAACGUCAAUAAAUCUUAUGAAACUGGUCUCAAAAUAUUUUGCUCAUCCCUGAUAGAUACUUAAU